CGCUUCGUGGGCAACGGACGCUUCCUCGGAACUCAAGUGGAGUGGCGAGCUGUAAAACGGAACCGGAAACGAAAGCGGGUGCGAGAGCGAGAGCGACAGAGAAAGAGAACCAGCCUGUUGACGGUUUGGCGGCGCGUUCGAACCGGAAGUAUCCACAUGUAACCUGGUCCAAUCUCAUCCGAAGAAUCCUCGAUAGCCAAGGAGAAGCCCACCAUGGGCGGUAUGAAGCCAUUGACAGCUAUUUGGCUGCUGCUGCUCAUCGCACACGCUCAGGCAGUGAGAGAAAAUCCCCUGAGGGAUCCACGCAUUUGCGGGCGGCCCCAAUGUGAUCCGAAGAAUGCCAAGUUCAAUUAUGGCGAACAGCUCUACAAAUAUCAAUACACGGUGGCUGUGCGCACCGAGUUCGCCGGAUCCGGCGACAAUAGUUCUGACCUCCUGCUGAAGUCCAACUUGGAAAUAUUCUUCCCCAAGCCCUGCGAAGGCUACUUGCGGAUCACCGAUGCCAAGCUAUACGAUAACCUGGACGUGCUCAAUGAAUCGUCCGACGAUAGCGAUUCUUCAGAGAAGAAUAAGGAGUACGACUACUAUGACAAUCUGGCUAACGAGGAGUCCGAGGCGCAAAACUUUGAGAAUGUCCACCCUAAGAGCUCAAAGUUCAAUGAAGAUCUUACCACGAAUCUUCUCCGAUUCGCCUUCCACGACGGCCUUAUCAGCGAGGUGUGUCCCCAGGAGCUGGAGACGCCGUGGGUGCUCAACAUCAAGAAGGGCAUCCUUUCCGCCUUCCAGAACACCAUGAUGCGCUUCGACGUCGAUGCCAAUACCACUGAAACCGAUGUAUCCGGUCAAUGCCAGGUGCAGUACUCACUGGAGGACACCGACAGUUCGUUUGUGAGGAUCCGCAAGACAAAGGACAUCAACUCCUGCCGCCAGCGAUAUGCCACCCACUCCGUUCUGCAGACCACGCCAUACACAUUCCGCGAUGACAAGACCAUCUGGCCCAUUCUCAAAUCCCAGAGUCACUGCAAUCUCACCGUUGAUAACAACGUUUAUAAGGAAAUCAAAUGUCUGGAGACACAUCUUCUGGUGCCCUUCUCCAACGUCAGCUCAGGUGCCCUGACCACCAGUACCAGUCGCCUGAAGCUGACCGGGGAGGAGUCUUACAGCGCCGGAGGUUUCCUAGAGCAACAUCCCGAGUUUGUGGAAAGGCGUGACACUCUGGUUUUUGAUCAUACACCUGCCGUAAAGCCCUCGCAUGACGAGAUUAAGGCUGCCCGGGAACUUUUGGUGGAGAUGUGUAAGGUUGGCUUUCCCAAUAUUCAGCGUGAGUUCAUCGAUGUCUUCACCAACUUUCUGCAGACCUCCAAGAGCCUCAGCUACAAGACACUAUCCGUGUUGCUCCAACGCUCUGCUAGUACCUGCGAACAGGGCAGAAAUCACUUGCUGGAAUCGCUGCCCUUCAUUGGGAGCACAGCUUCAUACAAAGUGAUGCGUGAUCAGAUUAUCAACGAAAAGCUGACCAAGCAGAUGGCUCACGACUGGAUGACCGCGUUGUCCUUCAUCACCCGCCCCGACGAGGACACCCUGGAAACCUUCCACUCGAUCCUUGAAUACGCCAAGAAUCGACUCGACGCGGAGUACACCCUGGGCGCCACUGCGGUGGUGCACAGCUUUUGCAAACACCACGAAGCCUGCGAGGAGAACCUUCGAGUGCAACAGAUCAUCAAUCUUCUGGAGACCGAGUUCCUAAGCCUGUACAAUCUGUUCAAGGGCGAGCGACGCACCCGGGAGCGUAUGGUAAUCCUGCUGAAGGGAUUGGGUAACGUUGGCGUGGUGUCACCUGCCUUCGCCGAACAGCUACAGUGGAUUAUUCGUGAGGACGAAGCACCGGUGGAUAUUCGCCUGCACGGCAUCUUGGCCUUCCGCAGGGUGAACUGUGCUCGACACCGAAGCUACUUCCUGGAUAACUACGGCAACUAUACACUGAACUCGGAGCUGCGUAUAUACAGCUACUUGCAGGCCAUGAGGUGUCCCGACUACAUAUCCGUUGGGGUAAUAAAAUCGAUACUAGAACACGAGCAAAUCAACCAGGUGGGCUCCUUCGUAUGGUCCCAUCUGACCAACCUGGCUAAAUCCAACUCCCCCGUUCGCAUCGAGGCUCAGGGCUUGCUGCUCAAUGAUGAGCUCUCGGAACGCUUUAAGAUGGACUUCCGCAAGUUCUCGAAGAACUACGAACACAGUUUGUUCUUUGACGAGUACAAUUUUGGAACCACCACGGAUGCGAAUAUUAUCUUUGGCACCGAUUCCUACUUGCCGCGCAUUGCGAGUGUUAACUUUACUGCCGAUCUCUUCGGUCAGUCGGUGAACUUCUUUGAGUUCACUGCCCGCGCUGAAGGAUUGGAGGAGUUGGCGGCCAACGCCUUUGGUCCCAAAGGACCUUUGAGCGGCCAGUUGCUUCGCAAGAAGCUCUCCUUUCUCAAUCGCUGGCUGGGCAACGAAAGUGCCGAGGAAGACGAUACCCUUGAGAAUCUGCUGAGCCUGGAUAAUCUGCGACUGAAGAGGAAGGCUCAGCCACAUGUACGUGCAUCCGAGGAGGAAGACGACGAAGAUUACGACUUCGAGGAGUCCUUGGAAGGUAGUAAGAGACACAAGCGUGAUGUCAGUACCGCUCGCAAACAGGACAUCGAUCGCAACGUGGACAGUCUUGGUUAUAAGCUGAAGUACGACUACAAUAAUCCAAAAGCACAGUUUGGACUUCGGGUCUUUGGCAAUGAUCUGCGCUACUACAAUGUAGAGUCCUUGGUGGAGGUGAUGGCCUUGGCUGCCAAAUUCAAUCCCUUCCAGCAGGCAAAGAAUGUGCUUUCAGGCAAAGAGUUUACGUAUACCAAGUCCCGGGUAUUUCUGGAUGCCUCAUAUACAGUGCCCCUGGCAGUCGGACUUCCAUUGGCGAUUCAUGCCUUCGGAGCUUCCUCCAUUGAUCUGCGUGUUAGUGGUAGCCUGGAUGAAAUGGAUCCGCCCACCGAUUGGCACUUUGAUGUCGAGGGUCAGUUUAAGCCCUCGGUGUCCGUGGAUGUGAUCACCACCAUGCAGACGGACAUGUUCUGGGAUCAAUCCGGCAUCAAGGUGAAGAGCAACCUCUACUCCAACUCCGAGCUGGUGGCCAAGCUUAAGGUGCGUGGCCGCAAUCUGGUCUCCUUCUCCUUCGAUCUUCCCCGCGACCAAAACGAGAUCUUCAGUGUCCGAUCGGAGUUGUUGGUUCAAAAGCAGGAGGAGCAAGUGCCCCAGGCGGGCAUUGCCAAACGAAGUGCCAACUCCACAUGCACUUGGCCCGUGCUCGAUCAGGCCAUCGGAUUGCAGAUGUGCUCCCACUACAGCGUUCCGGAUCUGAGCAAUGCCACCGAGAUUUAUCCAAGCCUUCUACUAGCAGGACCACUCAAUUUCAGCUUGAUUCUCAAGAAGUCGGACCUUAGUGCUAAGAAGUACGUGUUCGAGUACAGAUGGGAGCAGCAGGAAGAGGACAACAAGUUUGCGCUGGUGUUUACCACACCGGGCUCAAAGGUUCCCCGGGUUCUGGUUGCAAAUGUGACCAAGGUGCCCGAUGCCUUCAAUGCAUCCGUGGCCUUUGUGAAUGGACCCAAUCGCGUCUCCGCUGGAUGCAGCUAUGAUGGAAACCCGGAUUUCCGACGCUUGGAUGUCUAUCUAGAUACAAACGGAAAUCGAUCCUUGGAUCUUGGUAUGGAACUGCGUAGGCACCAGGACUUCACUGCCUGGAUUUACAAUCCGCGUAUGCUGCUGGCCAUUAAUGGUGUCAAUAUUACUGGUCUGGCUGGCACUGUGAAAGUUAAUGAGAAGAAUGGCAUCAAGCAGCAUGAUGUGGAUCUCUCAUUUGAGACCAAGAAGCUGCAGGUUGUGAUCAAGGGCAAUGUGGUUCAAAGCGAGAUCACCACCUCCACCAACAUGACCAUUAAAUACAGGUUCCAAGCAAAUAAGAUUGAGGAGAUUAACUUUGCCGGCAAGCUGGUUAAUAACGGAGAUAAAAGCAAGACGGAGUAUCGCGGUAACAUGAAGCUCCAGACCUCGGCAUAUCCCAAGCUGAACUUCGCAUCGGAAUCCACGUGGCUCAGUCUUCAGGGCCACACCGAAGGCAUGAUCACCUACAACAAUGCGCCAGAUUAUGUCAAUCCCAACUACACGAGUUUACUUCGUUUGAUCUUUGCUCGCGCCCAUUCGGAGAACUCUUUCUUGGAGGGCUCAAGCACACGGGCCAGUCUAGAACUGAAGCUUCCGAGGUCAAAGAUUGACUACCGCAUUUUAGUUAAGCACGAAGAACGCUACAAAAACGGAACCGAGCACAAAGUCAUCGUUGGUCUGAAGUAUACUCCUGAGAAGGAGAUCACGGGAAUGUUUUCCGUCCUUUUGCCAAGACGAAACCUUUUUGCCAUCGAUGUCUACAUGAAUGUGUCUGUGCCGGAGUUCAAUUCGUGCACGGCCAGCCUUAAAGUGAACGAGAAGGCCACCAAGGAUUAUAUCAUCUUUAUUAACGGCUCGUGGUUUACCGGACACUCAGUCGCAGUCAAGGCGAACUACAAGGAUCGCAGUUCGCGGGCCCAGGCCCUUCAUCACCUCAAAAUGAUUGUGGAAAGCCCAUCCUUCAAUGUAACCUCCCUCAACAUUGUCUAUCGCCGAAAACAGCUGUUGAUCUUCUAUGAUGUUCAAGCCAAAUAUGGCCAAGAUCCCUAUGGCCUCACAAUACAAUACAAUGCCGACAAUCGCGACUCCAAUGCGGAGGUGCGACUGAAGGUCAAGGAACGUGACUACUGGAUCAAUGCCAAAUUGCUGUCAGAGCAGCCAAAACUGCUGCAGCUGGAAAUUCACAUGGAUAAAGUACGUGAUGUGCAUAUUAAAGUUGGCCUGCUGAAUGUGGACAAGCGAAAGGAACUCUCUCUAGAACUGAAAUGGGAUGCCAAUCGCAAUCCCACCCAGAGACUGGGACUACUGGCGGAAUACAAUUGUCCGGGAACAAAGCACUACAGCGGCAAUGUGAUGAUCACCUAUCCGGAGCGCACCAUUCACGUGGGCUUUAACUCCUUCACCGGAGGACCCAAAUACUUCGGAAAGAUUUACAGCUCAUGGAGCAUCGACGAUCUGAUCGAGUUCGAGUACGAUGCGGGUAUUCUUCCCGGCCAGACUCUCCAUAACUGGGUGAAAGCCGAGCUGCGGACUCCUUUCGAAGGCUGGCGCCUCAACAGCCUUGAUGCUGGCGUUUAUAACCAGCACAACCUGAUCCUCGUCAACUCGACGCUCUUCUGGGCAGAUGAUCAGAAGCUGCAGGUGGGCUACAAGAGCGACUACGACGUCAACGAUCAUCUGAUGAGUUUUGAUGUGCGCUUCGGCAUCAACAGCACCAUUCGCGAUAUUCCCACAAUUAAUGUGAAGGUCAAGCAUUGGAUGGAUGUCAAGAAGGUGGACACGGAGUUGUAUCUGGGUUACAGUGGACAGAAUGAUACCUUUAACACGUACAGCAUGGACUCCAGUUGGGAGAUUGAGAAAAACCAGCGAUACAAUAACUAUUCCGGCUUAGUGCAUCUGGUAAGUCCAUUCAAGGGCUACGAGAAAGGUGGUCUGGUGGCCCAGUUCUCACUGAGCGACCAACGGGUGGUCAGCGGAGCUGCUUCGCUCAACUUCGAUCUGCGGGAGUUCACUUUGACCAUGGACGGCUAUGUGAAGAAGCUGACGGACAACAUGCUAACCGUUAACAUCACCACUCCAUUGGAGAAAUUCCGCACCAUCAACGCUCGCUUUGGCCUGAACGAGAAGAAACGUCAUGCGGUGGCGGAGGUCAGAGCUCCCACGGCAGCUCUUGGCGUGGAGGUCCUGGCGGAUAUUAAGAAUCUCCUCAACUUCGAUGUCAAACUGAGUGUGGCCACGCCCAUCGAAAGCUUCCAACAGGCGGCAGUAUUUGCACUAUUCCAUCCGGAGCGUGUCGACAUGCGCGGAUUGUGGAACAAUGUCACCCUGGGAUUCACUGGCGUGUGGCACAUGCAGAAUAUCACCGAUUUCGAGUACUCCUACCACGUUUUCACCCCACUGGCUGGCUUCGAGGAGAACGGAUUCAUUGUUCAGCUGCUGAAGCGGGACGAGUUCGUCUUCCAGCUGCACGGCAAAUUGUCCAACUAUAAGCUGGGUGCGAAGAUCAACGGCAAACCAAAGUCUGACUUGGUCAAUCAGCUGGGCAACAACAAAAUGGAACUGGAGAUGCUCUACGACGCGGACUUCAAGCCACUCAAUGCUGAGAUGGAUUACAAGCCAGAUCCAGAUGAGGAGUAUUUCUCCUACUUCACGGACUUCCAGGUGGACACACUCGUGUGGCCAACCAUUGUGGGUACUGUGGACAUUCAGGAGAUCAUUGAUUUCUAUCUGGUUGUGGGUCACGUGCAACUGCCACAGGGCAAACUGGAGUUCAAGGAUCGCCUCCACUAUCCUGACUACAUAAACAUCCACAAUCUCUUGACCGUGACUACACCAUUUCCGGAGGCCAAGAGCAUAAAGUCAAUUGUGGAGUAUCACGUUGAUUUGAACUUCAACGCAUUCUAUGAGCGCGUCAAGUUCGUAGUCACCGAUGCUAAGGAACACACACAAGAGCUGGGCUUUGAGUUCAACUACACCGCCCUGCAGGAUAAUGUGAAGCCCAAGGCGCAUGAUGUCCAGAUCACACUACUCACACCCUAUGAAAAGCUCCAGGAAAUCUACGUUCACGGGCGCCUCGAAAUGGAUGAAAAUGCCUAUAAGGGCAACAUCAGCGCGGUUACGGCCCACACACAUCUUUCGAUGGCUGCCUCCAUAGAGAACGAGGACAGCUUCUUGGAAACAUCGGUGGGUAUCCUGUUGGAGACGGACGUUAUUCCCCACUAUGGCUGUCAAGUGUACUUUAAGAAGGACUUCUCAGCCGUGGACAAUGCCAUUGAUAUACGCUUCGAGGUCAUCGACAAUGGAACACUUAACCAGCUGCACAUUACCACGGACUGGCACACUGAUCCCUCCUACAUUGUCAACGCAAAUGGAAGGAUUAAAACAACCAUGCUGCCACUUCAGAUGGCGUCCACUUCUGUGCUGGUCACCAAGGGUCACAAUCCCCAGCUCAAUUUCGAUCUUAACUUUAUGAGCCAGGAGGGCCAGAGCAUAUCCUACGGCACGCGUGCCAACAAAAAGAAAGAUGUCUUCAACAUUGAGGUGUGGACUCCAAUGAAAAACUUCCGCAACAUUUCCAUGCACGGCACUGCGGUUAGAAACGCCCGCGAUUCCGGUCGUUAUGAUGUCUCUGGGUUCUUGUACAGAAAUAUGGCCACAUAUGGAGUCACAGGAGCCGUCCGGAUGACCGAUAGUCUGCCCAUCGAUGUCGUUUUGAGGAUACAGCCCAAGACUGGUGGUAGGGAUGGCGUGAUUGAACUGAACAUCCAUGAGACGGGGCCGAAGAAGAUUCGCUUUUCCUUCAGCGCCAUUGAGGAUGGCAAAAUGUGCCAGAUGUCCGGAGGUUACAGCGUCAGCGAGUCCAACGGAGCCAUGGAUUUCUCAGUGCUAGUGGAAAGCACGGAGCCAGAAAUCGCACGCAUUAAUUUCUACGGCAAUCUUAGUCCCAACUCCGAGGGUUCCCUUGUGGGAGACUUGAACUUGGAAACCCCCUGGAAGGCGCUGGGAAUCGAUAGUGUGCACCUGCACUCGGACGUGGGUUUGGUCGGUAAGGGAGGCCACAUAGUGGGCGAGUAUAAGAUCGGUCAGUACAUUGGCCGAGGUAGUUGCCUGUGGUCUUGGAUUCUGGGCGAGAACAUGCAGCUGGUGCUGGAGAACUACCUGGAGAGACCAAAUGCCAAGCCGAGAAUCGUGCACGCCAGUGCCAAGUACCUGAAUCCGGGUCAAACCUACGCCCAGUUGCAGGCUGGUGGACGCCUGAGCGUCGAUUCCAAAUGGAAUCUCGACGUGAAUGGUAGUGCGCAAUACAAGUCAGUUGAUGAUUUCAAGUUCAAUGUCAUCACCGAGCUGCCGUUGCCUGUGGGAGAUCGCCACCAGCUGAGUGCCAACUAUCAGGGCAACGUGAUCAGCCAGCAGUUCAUCAAUCCCGAUUUUACCUUCGAGGCCAGCUACGAGAGUGUGGAGGCACAGAACAAGCUCUUGUCUCGCGUCUCCUAUCAAAAUGCCACCAAUAACCACAAGGGCUUGGGCCACGUCGAGUGGGGUAAGAUUCAAAGCCUGUCUGUGGUGGAGGGUGAUUUCGAGCUGCUCCAGAAGCAAGGAGCCCGCAAGGAGUUCGCUGCCAAGAUGAUCACGCCCAAAUUCAAGGAUGAGCACACCUUUGCCGUAACCGGCAGUUAUGACUUUGAAAAGUCGGGUUACCACAACAUGGUGGGCGCACUGGAUUAUCCUUCCAGUCGUCGCAUCACCGACCUGGACGUGUCCUUCAGUUCGCUGAGCAACAUGCAUGGUAUCUUCAACAGCACACUGCCAACCUUCCUCAAUGUCAGUUGGUUUAAGACCGACUUUAACUUCACCACCAACAAUGGUAAGAGCUACCGCUACUGCCGCUGCUUUUGGCCGCAGGAUACUGCCUACUUCAAGUUGAACAGCAACUACGAUAGCGACAGCAACAACUUGAACCACAACCUCAAUGGCAAUGUGGAAAUAGAAGUUCCAUUGGCGACCCGGCAUCGAGCGGAUGUGGUAUAUGGCCUGCAAAAGCGACGCAAUCAGGAUGCAGGAAAUGUGAAGGUCGUCUACAAUGAGAAGCAGGUGCUCGAUGGCAAGUACAAGCGGGUGGAUCAGGCAAAGCAUCCAAUAUACAAGGAGACAACGGACAUCUCACUGGAGAACGAGGUGAAACCGCUGGGCAUUCACUUUGUCAGCACCAGGGAUGCCAGCGACCCAGCGGGAACCCAGGACGUGAAGCACAUCGAGGUCUACGAGCUGAGGAACACGCAGAACUUCAAUCUCACCGGUGAGUUACACUCGCGGGCCACUCUCAAGGCGCAGGACUUCAAGGUGGUCGCCAUUCAUCCGAAUCGUGCCGUGGUGCUGAGCACUAAAUACGAGGACGUCAGUCCCGAAGUUGUCAGGCAUCACACCAAGUUGGAGUUGUCGGAAACGGCAUGGAUUGGAUACAACCUGGAGCUGGGUAACUUCAGCAGGGUUGGCAACGAGUCCCAGAGCUUCGCCCUGGAAAUUUUCUAUCCGAAGCGCAAUCUCUCCUCCUCGGGACAGUACUACAUGACGGAGACGCACUUCAACUCCGACCUGUCCUUCCAAUGGCUGGGCGGCAACUACGACCAACAGCCCAAGACUAUACACAGCAACUUGCAAUGGAGAGCGGAGCCGCUGCAACGUGGAGAUCGGGAGCAUCGCACCAUCGCGCUGACGGUGGCACAUCCCCUCCUGGAGAAGGACAUCAACUGCAGGGCGACGUACUACCGUGGGUUGCGUGAUCUGCUUAGGACACACUUGACCAUCGACUACUCGGAAUAUCCCGACCAACUGAUUGAGCUGGGUGCUCAGCUGACGGAUAGGUACAGUGAACUCGGCCACACCAACUACACGUUCCAGGUGUACGGCAAACAUGUGGCUUCCGAACUGGAUGUCCAGCUAAAUGGAACUUUGGCUGCCCGGAACUCCUACUACAAGACGGAGUCUACAGCCCACUACAAGCGUGAUAUAUUCCCAGCAAGAUAUGGCAAGUUCCUGGCCCUUCUCGAUGUCAAUAAGCGGGAAGUGGAAUACGAACGCCAGUCGCCAUUCCACACAGUGCGACUGCACCUGCUGCCCACCAUGCGGUAUCCGAUUUACGGAUUGAAUGCCACACUCUGGGAUACUCCCGAUACAAACCACUCGGGUUACAUAUACAUGGACAUCUUGGAGCGCUACGCUCGAAUGGAUUUCAACCUGACGGAGGACGCCAGUCAGAACCUUCAAAUGGUCGGUUACAUUCCGGACACACGCAGUGCAUUCCUGGACAUUUGGCGCAACUACGAGGAGAUACGUGUGAUCGAUGUCAGCUCGUAUCUGAAGAUGAAUCACUCUCGUCUAAUCACUGGCCGCUUCCACUGGCGUCCAUCGAUCCGGCAAGAAGUCCGCGAGAAAAUCCAAGCCGUGGGCAAAUCGGUGUACAGCUCGUUCUCGGAAGGUAUUGAUUUUUGGGUGAAGUCUAUAUACACGGAAACCACGGAAUCCAUGGGCGUGGUGUGGAACACAGCCAAGGAUUAUAACAAGGAUUUCAUCGACGAUAUAGGGCAGCUGAGCGUUUUGGAGGAGGAUCUCGCUGAUUUGCGAUUGUUUGUAAAUCAGUCGUACGAGGCAAAUGAUUUCUAUAUCAAAAACGUGGUCAAUUUCACCUUAACUAUCCUCGAUGAACUCGCCAUUAGAGAUCACAUCGAGUCGCUGCCCAAGAUCUUCUCUGAACUGUGGCAGGCAAUGGGAGAUUCUGGCAAGGCUUUACGGAACAGCAUUGUGUGGCUAAUCGAUACCAUUAAGACCACGUACAACAACCUUCUGGAUGCGGUGGCCCGAUUCUUCCAUGGCGAGAGUCUCGUCUACCUAUCCGCUCUUCUAGAGAAGGGCAUCGCAAAGUACGACAGUUUUGUGAAAGAUCUGCACAUCAAGUUCAUACAAUACAUCGAAAACCUAUGGCACAAGACGUGGACAUUGGCAGAGAAUCACUGGAAGGCAGUGCUUAAGCGAUUUGAGCCUCAUCUCUUCAAGAUGAUUAGCUUUAUAGAGAGUACAGCCUGGAAUCUCAGCAAGGAGGUGUUUGAUUUCAUUUACAAGCGCACCAAUGAGCUGGCAGAGUCUCCGUACUUCAACAAGGUCUCCAGUUUUACGGCGGAUGCGGAGCGACUUUACCGGGACUUCAAGUCGAACGAUGCCAUCACCAACAUUAAGAAGUACUCAACGCUAGCCUGGAAUUUCGUCAAGGAAAAGUACUUCAAACUGGUGCCCUUCGGCGCUGAAUUGAACGAGAUCCUCACCGAAAUCUGGGAGGAAAUCAAAGAACUUGAGAAAAUCGAUCAGGUGCAGAUCAUGGUGCAGAAGUACUACGAAGUCAUGGCCAAGAUCGAUUGGGUGGCAGACGAACUGCAACUGGAGCACCGGCUGCACCAGGUGUACGGUCUGCUGAGGAACAAGUUCCGCAACUACGCCAUGAACGCCUUGGAAACAGCCGACAUGUAUCGGGAGGCCAAGACCAAGUUCGUCUUUGAUCCGGAAGUGGGCAUUAUCGAUCUGGAGCAGAAGCUGCCCAUGUCCUGGCACGCUUUCAACGAGACGCCCAGGUUCGAGGAGAUUCCCGAGUACCAAUUGCUCGCCAAGGCGCAGAGCUUCUUCAGUGAAACCAACUCAUCGAUCGUGAUGAAGCUUUACAACAUGCGCACCCAUCUGGAUCCCAAGACCUGGCUGCCACCGUACUACUCUCGCGCCUUGCUCAUUGACUCGCGUCACUACAUGACCUUCGAUCAGCGUUAUGUCGGUCUGAACCUUAACUUUGACGAGCUAGGAAAUGGACGACCCACUUCCCAAUGCAGCUAUCUGCUAGCCCACGACUUCUUCAAACGAAACUUCACUUUGCUUUUGGAACCAGCGAGCAAAUCCCUGGCUGGCCAAGGACUAACACGCAAGUUGAGCUUCAUUGCCAAUGGUCAACUGAUUGAAAUUGACCUCGAAACAGAUCACAUAAGCAUUAAUGGCAAUCCCCAACCCAUCCUACCUCUGAAACUGGGAGAUGUGAACAUCCACCGUGAUCUGGACGUACUCUCCAUCACCUCAGAUACCGAGUUCAGUCUGCACUGCAAUGUGCAGUUCGAUCUCUGCUGGUUCGAGGUGAGUGGUUGGUACUUUGGCAGGACAGCGGGAUUGUUGGGAACCCUGAACAACGAGCCCUACGACGAGUACACAAUGUCCACUGGCGUGAUCUCCAAUGAGACGCAGCGCUUCACGGAUUCGUGGAGCCUAAAGCAGUGCAGGCAGAACAAGCUGGCCCAAAGUCAAGAGGUCAGCAAGGAGGUCAACGAUGCCUGUACCAGCUUCUUCCGCUCCGGCAUACUGGCCACCUGCAGUGCGGUCCUCGAUCCAACUCCUUUCUACGAAAUGUGUCUGGACUUGGGCAUGAAGUCGCCGCCAAUUCGAAAGGGACACCCGGCGGUGAAAGGAGCAUGUGCAGCAGCUUUGGCUUACAUCGAGGCCUGUACAGCACUGAAGGUUCCCAUGCGGGUGCCUUCCCAGUGUGUAUUCUGCCAACUCUCGAAUGGUUCGUACGUGCCAGAGGGAACUUUCAUGGAGCUUUCCGGGCCUGAGAUUCCAAGAAGCAGCGACGUCGUCUUCAUCGUUGAAGCCAAGGAAUGCAAUGCCAAUCUGAAGACGUCCAAGAGCAUCAUGACCGUGGUGAGCAGCAUAGAAGAGCAGCUCCAGGCCGCCAAGCUAACGAAUAAUCGGUAUGCUGUGGUGGCCUUUGGAGGCGUUGCUCCAUAUGACAAGGCCAGGAGUGUCAUAUACGAACACAACGAAUUCACCUCCAAGCCGGAACAGCUGGCGGACUACUUUGGCCACAUCAACACCGGAAAUGGCAGCAGCAACGAUAUCCUAAUGGCCAUUUCCGCAGCUGCCAAGCUAAACUUCCGUCCGGGCGUAUCGAAGACCUUCAUCCUGCUCUCCUGCAGCAGAUGUGCGGCCAGGGAUAUGCGCUUCGACUACACCUCCAUUCUGCAGUACUUGCUGGAGGAGGGCGUAAACCUUCACAUCCUGGCCGACACCGAGUUCGACUUUGAGCGUAACAAAAAGCUGCGACACUUCUUUGGCCUCGACAGCAAACUGGUCUACUCAAAGCGAUUCCCCGAAGGUGAUGCGGAAGCCCGCAACACGACCCACAUCCCGAAGAGCAAUUUGGGCAUCUGUACAACGCUGGCGGUGGAGACGCAGGGAUCUGUGUUCAGUGCCCGCAAACUGCAGCCGGAGAGAAAGUAUCCAAUUAAGCGAUUUGCCACUAUUUUCGCCAAGCGCGUCGCCCUCAGUGCCACGCCCAUCCAGAGCCAGACCUGCGAGUGCUCCGCCCACAACACGGGCGUCUCCUACAUGGCCUGCUCGCCACAGGCUCUGCCCGAGGAGAAGUACGACCUGGACGACUAUGACUCGUUCAAUAACUGGGACUGGGGAGACGAGCCGGAGGGCGAGACGAAUGUAAUGUCGUAGUUUGUAGUCCGCCACAAUUAGUUAGCUAGUUCAGUUAUGUCACUGCAGAAUGUAAGGUUUUUCUAAUGCAUAACCGACAGGCAUAUUUUGUAAAAAUAAAUCAAAUCAUAUAAAUACAAA